AUGGUCCAGGCAGGGGCUCCAGGUCCAAGCCAGUGCCCAGACAUUAACCCUUUGCCCACACCUGUCCUGCUGCCUGCUGUGGACUUUAGCUUGGGAGAAUGGAAAACCCAGACGGAGCAGACCAAGGCACAGGACGUCCUGGGGGCGACGACCCUCCUGCUGGAGGGAGUGAUGGCAGCACGGGGACAGCUGGGACCCACUUGCCUCUCAUUCUUACUGGGGCAGCUUUCUGGACAAGUUCGCCUCCUCCUUGGGGCCCUGCAGGGCCUCCUUGGAACCCAGCUUCCUCCACAGGGCAGGACCACAGCUCACAAAGAUCCCCAUGCCAUCUUCCUGAGCUUCCAGCAGCUGCUCCGAGGAAAGGACUUCUGGAUUGUUGGAGACAAACUCCAGUGUCCCGGCCAAGACUACUGGCUCUGGACUUCUGAAGAGGCUGCAGGGAUUCAGAGCCAAGAGGCCUGGUCUGCUGAACCAAACCUCCGGGUUCCUAGACCAAAUCCCCGGACAACUGAACAGGACACACGGACCUUUGAAUGGAACUCAUGGACUCUUUCCUGGACCCUCACCCAGGGCCCUUGGAGCCCUGAAUAUUCCUCCAGGAACUUCGGACAUGGGUUCCCUGCCACCCAACCUCCAGCCUGGAUAUUCUUCUUCCCUAACCCUUCCUCCCAUUGGACAGCAUACACUCUUCUCCCCUUUACCCACCGUGCCCACCCCCACGGUCCAGCUCCAACUCCCGCUUCCUGACCCCUCUGCUGCCAUGCCCUACCCUACCAGUCCUCUUCUACCUGCGGCCCACCCUCACUUCCAGAACCUGUCUCAGGAAGAGUAAGGUACUCAGGCAC